AUGUCUACAAAACAACCCAGCUCAGAUCACCCAGCCUUGGGCGAGUCUUGGGUGAUCGCGUCGUCGAUCAAGGAGAGAGAAACCAACGAGAAAGCCCCGGUCACACCAAAUCACAGCCCUCAAAAGAAGAGCAACUCGAAGAUCGAGCAGUCAUCGGAGUCACUGACUUCCUCGUCAUCAUGGAUAUCGGGCCCGGAGCUGAUCAUGCCCUCCAUAUGCGAGACGCCAAACCCAGAAAAGUCAUGGGUAGAAUAUAGACAAUCUCCGAGUCAGUCGGGCACGCCAAACAUGAAGAAACGACGCAAAGUGCCAGUGCAAAGUGAAACCGCAGCGCAAGACCAGAAGAUCGCCAAGGCUGGAGACGCUGGCUCGUCUCUAGCAACCGAAGACGACGUUGCGAAGGAUAAGGUCGGGCUUGUGAACAGCACCCUUCUCCGAGGGGCUAUUAAUGCCGUUCUCGUUGCCCUGAUCCUCCACCUGCUUGUCCUCCCAGAGCUUGUCUACCAAGCCAAAGACCUUUGCCGGCUGCCCAGCAUCAAAGCUCUCUAUCCCAGCAGCUGUAUCACCUUGGCACCGACAUAUCCACCACAGACUUCAUUCCAAUCAGCAAGAUCUCCCGAAGAACCUCUGUCCACCUCCCAGCGACAACUAGAGUCGAUCUUUGACCUGUCCCUAGAAACCCUAACACCGCUAUCAGGAAUCCUGAAACAAAGCGAAAGCAUGCUCUCCGACCUAGAAGCGCAACUGAGGACAACCUUUCCAGAUGCCAAAAACGCGCUCGAUCUCGAAUUUCAAGGCAGCACGUCAGCCAUGCAAGCCGCAGUCUGGGAAUUCGAUUCCCUCCGCGCAGAUCUACGCUCAGCCAUCGACAGCCUACUCGCAACACGGCCACCCGAGCCCGCCACAGGCACAGGCACAGUAGCAAGCGACAUGCGACUGGCAAUCCAAACGCGACGACGCGAAGAAUACCUAGACAGACUGCGCAGCCAAAUCCGCAGCAAAGCCGACUCUCUCCACACGCGCUUCACCACGCUGGACGACCACUUGGAAGCGAUAGACGGAAUCGUCACACGCGAAGACCGACGAAACCCCAGCCGAGCGAUCAACCGCGACCACAACCCCGGAGACCGUCUCCAUUCCGUGCUGGACUCGCUCGAUCUCGGCACCAUCGGGUCUUAUUUCUUCCGGGCGCGAUCGUCAGGAGCUGCAUCGGCGUCGUCAGCUCAGGCUCAGGACCCUGCAGAUGAACCCACCUCGAUGGAGUCCACGCCAUCGCCACGACCCGCCGCGACCUUGGCGCUGCUCCGUGUUGCGGCAACGCAUCAUCGUCCAGUUGCUGAUUCGGUGUUGAGGUUGGCACGUCAAUUGAGGGAUGUGCAGCGUGCUGGGGUUGGGUCCACUUAUUGA